UCCCCCACCCCCACACCGCUCGCUCCCAAAUAUCUCGUCUUCUCUCCCUCCGGCCGGCAUCCUCCUCCUCCCCACCACCAGGCCACCACCUCUCCUGAUCGCACAAGCUUAUCAGCCCAGCAGCUGCAGGCGCGCGCGCAGGUGGUGGUGGUGGGCACAGACCCAUACAUACGCUCACUGUGCGCGAGGCGGGCUUGCUUGUCGGGAGCAGAGCAGAGAACACCAUGAUGUCGCCCGCGGAGUCCGAGACCAGCUUCUUCCCGGACCACCUCGCGGAGCAGCAGCCCCCCUUCGCCGAGCAGGAGCAGCUGUGCUACGUCCACUGCAACUUCUGCGACACCAUCCUCGCGGUGGGCGUGCCGUGCAGCAGCCUCUUCAAGACGGUCGCCGUGCGGUGCGGCCACUGCGCCAACCUGCUCUCCGUCAACCUCAGGAACCUCCUGCUCCCGGCCGCCGCAAACCAGCUCCCUUUCACCCAGUCGCUCCUCUCCCCGACCUCGCCGGCGUCGCCGCAUGGCCUCCUGGAUGAAAUGUCGUCGUUCCAAGCGCCGUCGAGCAUACUGACUGAUCAGGCCAGCCCCAACGUGAGCAGCAUCACCAGCAGCAGCAACAGUUGCGCCAUCAACACGCCGGCCAUGUCCAUGAUGCCGCCGCCGGAGAAACCCACACAGAGGGAGCCCCAGCAGCGGAAGAGCGCUGCGUCGGGGACCAAGCAUUCAGAGAAGCGGCAGAGAGUUCCCUCGGCAUACAACCGAUUCAUCAAAGACGAGAUUCAGCGUAUCAAGGCCAUCAAUCCGGAAAUCCCCCAUAGGCAGGCCUUCAGCGCAGCUGCCAAGAAUUGGGCUCAUUUCCCACGCAUCCAUUUCGGUAUGAUGCCGGACCAAGGCCUGAUGAGGAAGCCCAGCAUCCAAAGCCAGCUGGACGGAGCUGGGGAUUGCAUGCUCUUCAACGACAGUGUCUAUGCAGCGGCGGCGGCCGCAGCAGCCACAGCGGCAUCUAGCAUGGGCGCCACUCCGUUUUAACGUCUUCCGAUAGAAUAUAUUGCUGCAUUCUAGCUAGGGUGCUGGAGGAUCAUGAGAUCUUGAGAUGUAUCGUAUCCUAUCUACGAGUACUCUUGUAGUUUUCGGUGUUUCUUCCUGUCUUAAUUUUGCCCUUUCCUUAGUCCUAUAUGUUCGCCUGUCAGAGGUUGCUGUAUCUGCCACCUCUUAUCUUAUGGACAUAUAUAGAUCUAGUUAACGCA